UCUCUCAGUUCGGCAGCCACGAAGAGUGCCCCCCUUGGCCCGGCCCUCCACCUCGGAGACUCGAACCGAGCUCUUCAAAUCCGAAGUCCAUGCUCACCACCCACAAGCGACGUUUCCCUAAUUUCCCAAGCGCUGACUGGACUAGUGAUCGUAGCCAAGAAUAUCUCCUCUGCACGGUAACACCACCUUCCGUGGUUUGCCCUGUUUUUUGGGGAUUCGGCUCCUGAAAGCUUGACUCGCCGGAAUCAACCCCCAAAACCAGAAUGAGCGGAGAGAGCGACCACUACACAUUCACGGUGGCCGCAGAGGGUGAGCACAGCUGGUCUUCUCGCAUGGAGGACCGGUUUAAGCAGGAGCCAACUCUUCUGAGGCCCUCGGCCGGCACCAAAUAUUGCACCAUCUUCAGAGCACCCAAGAGCCAGGAGGAGAGCAACCCCAACGCUUACAAGCCCCAUAUUGUGUCCAUUGGCCCGUACCACCACGGGAAACCGCAGUUGCAGAUGAUCGAGCAGCGCAAAACUCGAGUGUUCUCCAUACUGCUCGAUCGGACCAGUGAUGAUGAUGAUGAUGGCCCGGGCCUGGAUGAUUACUUCACGGCUGUUGCCUCGCUGGAGACUGACAUACGGGAUAGCUACUCAGAGGACCUCAAUUGUGAAACCGCGGAUUUGAUUGAGAUGAUGGUUCUCGAUGCUUGUUUCAUCAUCGAGUUAUUCCGCGUGGGGGGCAUCGACACCGUGAUGAUUCCAGGGUAUGAAGACGACCCCUUGUUCUUGACGAAUUGGAUUGUAGCGGCCCUCAUGAUUGACCUCCUCCUGAUUGAAAACCAGAUCCCAUUCUUCGUUCUUCAAGAGAUCCAUAAAUUAUCCAGGUCUCCUUAUGAUGGCGAUCGCUCCAUCAAUGAGCUUGCCUUAAUGUUCUUCAACCGCGUGCUCCAACGGCCAGAGGAACAUCUCCGGUGGUACUCCGUAGUUGCCAUCACGCACUUGCUCGACAUGUUCCGACUGUGCUUGGUCGGCUUUGCUCCCAAUAGACCCUCACCAAAGGUCAAGGUCGAUGAAGAGUUGCUGCAACUGAUGCCCUCCGUGAAUCAUCUGCUUCUCGUGGGGAUAAAGUUUGAACCAAGGAAGAGCGAGAACCUAAUAGGCGUCGUGUUUGAUCACGGAGUGCUCCGCAUCCCUCCUUUGACUAUCGACCUUCUCACCACUUCCUUCUUCCUCAACUGCGUGGCUUAUGAGCAGAGCUACCAUUACUGCGAUAAGCACAUCAGCAGUUACGUGGUCCUCAUGAGUGGUCUCAUGGGCAACGCAGCGGAUGCAGCGUUCCUGUCUCAGUGCGGCAUGCUCAUGAACCUUCUAGGGCCCGAAAAGGACGUCGCGCGGUUCUUCUGUGAUCUCGCCAAGGAUGUCCAGUUCAAUUUCAAGGAGUGCUAACUAGCCGAGGUAUUUGGGAAAGUCACCCAAUACCGUCGGAACAAGUGGCGCACGUGAUAUUGCUAGUACGAGUACCUAGAGGGGGGUGAA